UAUCCCUGUGCUUCAAUAUGUUUGUCUCUUUGAUAAUGUCCAUUAUUACCAACCCUGGCCAACUCUACCUAACGCAGGCUCUGGAACCUCUACUCUCAGACACCACCAGUAAGUCAUACUGUAAAACAUGCCACAUGCAUCGUCCACCUCGGUCAUUCCACUGCAGCCACUGUGGUCACUGUGUACGGCGAAUGGAUUUCCAUUACAGCUGGCUGAACAACUGUGUCGGUGAGGACAACCACCACAUCUUUCUCCUGACCAUUAUAUACACCCUGUUCUUCUGCAUCACUACGCUCAUUUUGACUGUUCUACAUUUCUACUAUUAUCCCAGAUGUAUAACCUGUGAUAAGCAAACCUUUUACAUAAAACAUGGUAUUUGGUUUAUAUACGCCCUAAACAUCAUCUUGAUCUACGGCCUGUUUCAAUCCCUCAUCAUGUUCGUCGUACAACAUCUAAACAUAAUUAUGAACCGAACAACUGUGGAGAACGUAUUAUUAACACCUGUUGUUGAUUACACUCCGUACACCAAAUUCGAAUCUUAUGCAGAUCUCUUCAAGACGACAAACAUCCUACUUUGGCCGUUUCCAUGUAAACGUCAACCAUUCAGCUCACAGUUUGAUAGCACCACUACAACAACAGACGUGGCAAGAAUUAUAGCAACAACAGCAACGGCAACAACAACAACAACAACAACGCCAACGUUAGCAGCAUUGGAAGCAUCGGAAGCAUCGGAAGAGGACCACGGACAUCACCAAAAUGGAUUGGCUUAAGCUUUUCAUGUAUGAUUCCAAAAUCAGUGGAAAGUUAGCAUGAAAUCAUUAACAAAAAAUUGACGAACGGUAAUGACCACCACACAGGAAAGGAAGUCCUUCCUGAUGGAAGCAGUGGUUUCUAUGGAUGAUAACGUCUUGGUUUUUAUUUCAUUUGAUUUAGAAAAAAGAUUUAAAAAAUUUUUUCCUGGUUUGAAAAGCAGUUCAGGAAUCAGAGAUUAUUGUCAUAACUUAUGUAAGGGAUUGGGUGAUUGAAAUUGGGAAGGGGCCCUUUUAUGGAAAAAAAGGGGUCCUUUGGAUUAUAGGGUUAUGGAGAAGAAUAAAGAAGAUGUAAAGCAAAUGUAUGGCAGAAACUGUAGAGCUUAUGUGUGCGAGCAUGUGUGUAUAUCUAUGUAUGUAUUUAUAUAAUAUAAAUAUAUGUAUAUAUGUUUGUAUGUAUAUGUGU